GGAUGUUCUCCUUUGAGAAGAGGAUUCAACAAGGGGUGAUAACUGUGAUCAAAUCCGCCGUACCAUAUUUGACCUCAUGAUGUUUCAACAAAUAUUUCGUCGAAUGUGCAGUAUACAACCAAUGCUCAGACUUACAGAGAGCAAGCUGUUUCCAAGAUCGAUAUGCAGUGUGACUGCUAAAACAAAUGUGCUGAAAGAACAGGAUUGCUAUGCCAAGCAUAUAAACAAAUCACAGGGCUCAAGGUCAUUAAGCAGCAUGGGUCCACUUGGAAAUUCAGUUUUGAAAAGUGGAAAAUGUAUUACUAAUAGCAUUUUGAAAUCAGGGGAGGGUAAUAGUAUUGUUCAGUCAUCACUGCCGACUGCACCGCUAAUCAAUUUAUUAAGUGUGCGAACACUAAGAUGGUAUUACAGACCAAGUGCAAUAAGACGUAUGCGAAAACACGGUUUGGAGAAAAGACUCAGUAAGAGAUCGCAACGAGAAGUUUUGUUUCGAAGAAUUCUCGCCGGCAGGGGUACUUUAACGACAUUUGACAGAUUUAUGAAUGAGGUACCAGAAGUUAUGCAAAAGAAAAAAGGCAGAAGAGUUGAUUUGUUUGAUCCUAAAAAAGGCUACAAGUCUAUUAUAAAAAAGAAAGAUAAAUUCAUUUUUAAAGAGAUUUAAAUAUCUUUAUGAAGUUGUCACUUUGGAUUUGAUGUUAUAUCAUAUUUGCAGAUCAGGAUCCAGUUGCUAAAAUAUAUGUCAACUACUUUAGCUGUUAAAAAAUACUUUCUAUAUUUGAAAAUCUUUUUUAAAAAAUACACUACAUUACUGACUCUGGAUAAAACAUUAGAUAAAUUAUUCCGCAUGUAUGAAACAAAGUAUAGACAAAAUAAUCCACUGGACAGUUUGCUCACUGAAUAAGGUUUUAAGCAACUCUGUCCUAGUAGCUGUUGCCUUAUUUUGGCAUAUUUAUAGUAGUGACAAGUGCAGUCAGGGAUUAUUCCUCAUUGUGCUUGGUGUCAGUACAAAUUAAUAAAAUUGAAAAGAAGAAAAAUAUGAA